CGGAAGAGGGAUGCGACGGAGAUGGCUGAACUUAGAUAGCGCUGUGUUUGGGAAUACCUUCACUAUGGACCUUCUCCGGAGGAAAGAGGGGAGCGGGGGACGGCUGCUUGUCCUCGCAGUCAUUUUCGGGUGGUGCUUCGUGUCUGUGCGCUCUUUCGGACAGAGCCAAGACAGCGAGUUCACGUUUCUGCUUCCAGCCGGAAGAUCGGAGUGUUUCUUUCAAACAGCAAUAAAAAACGGCACGAUGGAGGUCGAGUAUCAGGUGAUAGCAGGUGCUGGUAUGGAUGUUGACUUCACCAUCCUCUCUCCAGAAGGCAUCCGGCUCAUCAUCGAGUCUCGACGCUCCGAUGGAGUCCAUGUGGUGGAGCCUACGGAGGAGGGAGACUACCAAAUCUGCUUUGACAACAGCUUCAGCCGCUUCUCAGAGAAGAUGGUGUUCUUCGAGAUCAUCAUCGAGGGUCAAGGAGGGGAUGUGGGUGGAGACGAUGAGUGGGCGGGUUUAGAGGAGCCUGAUGGAAGCCUGCUGGAGUACAAGCUGGAAGACAUCCGGGAGUCCAUGGAUUCUCUGCACAGACGCUUGGAGCGCAGCCGGCAGAUGCAGACGGUGUUGCGGGCCUUUGAGGCGCGGGACCGGAACCUGCUGGAGGAUAACCUUUGGAGGGUCUCAUUCUGGUCCUGUGCCAGUGUGCUGGUGAUGCUGUGUGUGGCCCUCACUCAGGUCUACACUGUCCGUAAACUCUUUGAGGAUAAGCGGAGGGUCUGCACAUAGAGAAAACAGUGUGCUGCAUUACAAGACAGGCUGGGAGGGAAAACAGUCCCAACACAAGACGUUCAGCUGGUUACCCCAUUCAGAUUGCGCUCCAUUAUUUUUCAUUUUGUCUACACGAACACCAGCUUUCAACAUCAGCUCUAAUGGAUGUUUUUCUCUGAAGUUUUGUUUUCAGUCAGUUUGUGAGCAAUAAUAAAAUAUAAUUGCUGUAGAUCAGGAAGGGUAACCAGACAAGGAAGAGACUGUGAGGAAGCUGAAGCUGGUCAUUUCAUUUCAUUUAGUGCCUUCAAUGUCAAAUCUUACCACAAACCAAUGAGAACAUGAUUUUUUUUUUUUUUAAAGAGAUAUCCGAAGA